AGGCGGGCUCAGGCUAAGUUUCACUUCCCGCCUCUGGGGCCAGCAGCACGAACCAGCCGGUGUGCGACCGGAGUCAUUGCUGCCUGCCUGCUACUUGGCUCAGUGGCAGGUACCCACCAUGUGCUCGCAGACCCUGCCCCCGGGUCCCAUGCAGACCCUUAUCUUCUUGGACCUGGAGGCCACUGGACUGCCCUUCUCCCAGCCCAAGAUCACAGAGCUGUGCCUGCUGGCUGUCCACAGAUGUGCCCUGGAGAGCCCUCCCACCCAUCAAGGGCCUUCUCCCACGGUGCCCCCGCCACCCCGUGUGGUGGACAAGCUCUCCCUGUGUGUGGCUCCAGGGAAGGCCUGCAGCCCUGCAGCCAGCGAGAUCACUGGCCUGAGCACAACUGUGCUGGCUGCACACGGGCGACAACGCUUCAAUGCCGACCUGGUUAACCUGCUCCAAGCCUUUCUGCAGCGCCAGCCGCAGCCCUGGUGCCUCGUGGCACACAACGGUGACCGCUACGACUUCCCCCUGCUCCAGGCAGAGUUAGCUGUGCUGGGCCUUGCCAGUGCUCUGGACGGUGGCUUCUGUGUGGAUAGCAUUGCUGCCCUGAAGGCCCUGGAGCAAGCUGGCAGGUCCCCGGAGCAAGGCCCAUGGAAGAGCUACAGCCUUGGCAGCAUUUACACACGCCUGUACGGGCAGGCCCCGCCGGACUCGCACAGGGCUGAGGGGGACGUCCUUGCCCUGCUCAGCAUCUGUCAGUGGAGGCCGAAGGCCCUGCUACAGUGGGUGGAUGCUCAUGCCAGGCCCUUCGGCACCAUCAAGCCGAUGUACAGGGCCACAGCCCCUACUGGAAUCAACACAAGCUCAUCUGCCACAGCCACUACACUCCUGGCCAGAGGCAGGGACACCAGUUCCAACCUUGGGGGAAGCAGGAGGCCCAAGGUCCUUCCUCCAAUGAAGGGCCCUGGAUCGUCACCCAGGGAGGGACUGCUGGCCCCACUGAGCCUGCUGGCCUUGCUGACCGUGGCAUUAGCCACACUGUAUGGGUUGUCCCUGGCCGCACCUGAGCAAUAGGCCAAGAAGGAAAGUCUGACUAAUAAAGACCCCCCCACAGCA